AGAGUUCAAAGCCUUCAACCCAAAAUGCGAAACCUGAUAAUUUCUAGGGCGGAGCUCUAACAUUGAGAUCGUUCCUCCCAUACAUAUAUGUAUAACCCGCAAAAUACUUCCGCUCCUACAGCAGCCAACCACACAUAUCAAGUGACAUUUUACAUGGAAGGGGAGAACAAUCCUUCUUCGGCGCAUUUUUCACGGGCCAAAGGAUAAAACCAAAGCCAAGGUCUUUCCAGCUCGCUGAGGUGACAUUCACUUCGAGUACGGGAAUCGCCGCCGAGUUUCUUCUGCUUCAUCUGGUCUGGACUAAAACAGUGCAAAGAGAGACCGAAACCAACACCAUCCGGUUCGGGGUUGCGUACGUUUUUGCUACUUGUCUCGUUCGCGUUUUUCUUGCGAACGCCGACCCCGCACAACAAUGCUACUAUAAAUUGAUUGAGACAGUUUUAUCCCGGCACAGUUCGAUCGCAAACAGCAACAUCACCUCACAUUGUUCAGUAUGGCUUUCAAGUUCGUGACCUUCCUCGCCCUGGUGGCCGUUGCUCGUGCCGGAGUCAUUUCGGGCCCAGCUCUGUCCUACGCCGCUGCUCCAGCCCUAUCCUACGCUGCUCCAGCUCUGUCCUAUGCUGCUCCAGCCCCUCUUGCCUACUCGGCACCAAUUGCCAAGACUGUGUCCUACGCCGCUCCGUUGGCCACCAAGACCCUGGUUGCUGCCCCACUUGCCAAGACCGUCGUCGCUGAUGAGUACGACCCACAUCCAGAGUACUCCUACUCGUACGGAAUCUCCGAUGCCCUGACCGGUGACCAGAAGGAACAGCACGAAUCCCGCAGCGGAGAUGUUGUCCAGGGAUCUUACUCGCUGGUUGAUGCCGAUGGCUUCAAGCGCACCGUCGAUUACACUGCUGAUCCGAUCCACGGAUUCAACGCUGCUGUCCGUCGCGAACCCCUGGGAGUUAAGGCCGUUGCCCCAGUCGUUGCCGCCAAGACCAUUGUUGCCCAGCCCGCCUAUGCCGCUUAUGCCGCCCCAGUUGCCAAGACCAUCUCGUACGCCGCCCCAGCUGUGACCAAGACUCUGGUCUCGCAGCCAGCCUAUGCCACCUAUGCCGCUCCUCUGGCCACCAAGACCAUCGUGUCGCAGCCAGCUUAUGCCAGCUACGCCGCCCCAGCCCUGUACCACCACUACACAGUUCGAUCGGUUUCAUUGCUUAGUGAACAACUCCCAAUACUAACCAUGGCCUUCAAGUUCGUUACCUUCCUCGCCCUGGUGGCCGUUGCCCGUGCUGGAGUCAUCUCGGGCCCAGCCCUGACCACCUAUGCUGCUGCUCCAGCGCUGUCCUACGCCGCCCCAGUUGCCAAGACCAUCUCCUAUGCUGCUCCCGCCCCUCUGGCUUAUGCCGCUCCUAUUGCCAAGACUGUCUCCUACGCCGCCCCAGCUCCUUUGGCCUAUGCUGCUCCAGUUACCAAGACCCUCGUUGCUGCCCCACUCACCAAGACCGUCGUCGCCGAUGAGUAUGACCCCAACCCACAGUACUCCUACUCGUACGGAAUCUCCGAUGCUCUGACCGGUGACCAGAAGGAACAGCACGAAUCCCGCAACGGAGAUGCCGUCCAGGGAUCGUACUCGCUGGUUGAUGCCGAUGGCUUCAAGCGCACCGUUGAGUACACCGCCGACCCAAUCCACGGAUUCAACGCUGUUGUCCACCGUGAGCCUUUGGCCGUCAAGACUGUUGCCCCAGUUGCCAAGACCAUUGUCGCCGCUGCUCCAGUCGCUUAUGCCGCCCCAGUUGCCAAGACCAUCUCCUACGCCGCCCCAGCUGUGACCAAGACUCUGGUCUCUCAGCCAGCUUAUGCCACUUAUGCCGCUCCUCUGGCCACCAAGACCAUCGUGUCGCAGCCAGCUUAUGCCAGCUACGCCGCCCCAGCCCUGUACCAUCACUAAGCAAUACCCCGAAACCUGUUAUCGACUGUUGAGACUGUGUUCAAUUAUUUAUAAGAAACGGAAGCAAACAAUGAACAAAAUUUGAAACUGAG